AUGGAUGCAGCGGAGGUUCCAAGCUUUGGUUCUUUUCAGUUGCCGAACGCAGUCCAGCAAGACCGACAAGAGCGAUCAAGAGAUGCGGGCAGCAACACUUCUCGCUCUUCCAAGCAUACGAGCGCUUUUCAGAGCUCUUCUUCGCGCCCACAGGUUGGAGAGGGAACGCAGAGCAGCGCCAACUGUAAAGAUCAAAGGCUCAAGUCCGGACAUGAGCGUCAUCAUCGCAGUUCUCACUCCAGCAAAAGGCGACGCAGGCACGACUCUGAGAAUGAGAGUGAUGCAGACCGCUCAGCAAGAAAGCUGCACUCCACGCGCAACCGCGAUGAGCGCCGUGCAUCCAGAUCUCUUCCACACCUGGAGACCGAGUUGCGCUCGAUUAAGCGGCCAGAGUCAUCCAAGGGGUAUAUCGCAAGGCAGUCAUCUGUACACGCAGAAUCACAUGUGAAGCACAGUGUGUCCAAUGAAGUGAACCUGCAAUAUCUCAAAGAUGUCUACUUUGUAGACGCGCAAGGUGACCACAAAGCUGCAACAUAUGGCGGGCUGAGCGCGAGCAAGCUGCCUCGCUACCAACGUUUUGGGGGUGAGCAUGGAUGUGUGGACGAGGCCUCCUGUGUCUCACCUUUUAGCCGAGCUGAUGCUUGGACCGAUCGAAAAAUACACAGACGGCUGUGUGCUCGGUCUCUCGAGAUCUCUGCGGAUCUCGUUCUCCAGCGCUCGGUUGGACGGCAAGGUGCUCGAGAUACUUCCAAAGGGCGGCAAGGUGAGUCACUAGCUUGGUGAUGUGGACUUCGCUGUGUCUGAAGAUUCUCUGAUCGCGCAACAGAGAGUCCGCUACCUCGACAAGGAGGAGCGCUGGCGUGCGCGUCAGCCCGCGCAACUUCGGAUCGCUCCAGCGACCACUCCGUCCUCUGCGGCGUUUGGAGAGUAUGAAGCGCUGAGCGAGUCAGAGGUGCGAGGAGGAGCUCGGUCAGCAUCCGAUGACGAACUCCUUCCGGACUAUAGAGAUUUUUAUAGAAAGCGCACUUCGGCAAGUCCUAAACGCGAUAGGCAUGAAGCCUCGCCGCAAGACACGUCAACUAAAGUGGAAUCAGACUCGGCUACUACCUUGCGAGCUCGCAUGUCUUCUUUGGAUGUGCGAGUACGUGAGGAUGCGUCAGAUGUCGAAGCUUGGCUGCAGCUCGCGCACGUGCAGGCCCAACUGGUCGAAGCUCUAAGCUCUUCGGGGAAUCAAAGUAUACGAGGCCAUCAUAGGCAACACCGCGCCGGAGCCGAGGCAUCUCUGGCCGUGUUAACACGUGCAAGGCGCUCAAACCCACGUAACGCAUCCCUGGAGCUCGCAUACCUCCGUAAAGGAUCUCUGAUCUGGGAGAAUGAAAAAUGCGACAAGGAAUGGAGUGCGCUCUUGAAGAGCGGCGAGAUGCAGGGGCAGAGGUUGGGAGAAGUGUGGGUGGCGUAUUUAGAGUGGUACUCUCGGCAAGCUGGACCCUUGUGCGCCUUUUUGGAAGCGGUUACGAAGGGUCUGAAAGCUCUCUUGUCAGCUACGUGGAAAGCGCAGCUAUUCGAGGGUGAGUACAGCCCAGUCUCUCCUUGCUGUGCUAAGCCUCUGAGACUGAUUCCUCCUCCGCAGAGCGACUAGUCCUAGAACAAGCACUUGUGACGCUGUGGACCACUGCUGUGAGGCAUCUUUCUCAAGCUGGUGAGUGCCAAUGAUGGCCACGGGUCACAGCGUGUCGCUGACUUGCUCCUCCAGGCUACUAUGAAAGAGCUUUUGCGUUGGUACAAGCGCAGCUUGAGGUGACCUUUUGCGCACCUUUGGGACUUGAGAGCCAAGACGAAGAAUCUCACGAACGCUUGAUAGAUAGCUUCUCUCAAUUUUGGGACGACGAAGGGCCGAGGAUUGGAGAAGAGGGCGCUAAGGGGUGGGCGAAUCAGUAUAGCCAUCGGGACGUGCCCGAUGCAGGUGCACCAAUGCCGUCCCUAGAUCCCUCGUUCCUCCCAUACCGGUCCAGCAAAUCUGAUGAUAGCGUGCCAUGGGUCGAAAGGGAAAGGGCACGAGCAGGUCUGCGACAAAAGCCUGCGCGCACCACCGCUACACCUCUCCACGGCGAAGACGAGGUGGAUCCGUAUGCUUUCAUCCUGUCUUCUGACGUGGUCCAACUUGUGGCGGUGCCUGUCACGGCGCCCGCUGUCAAGUCGCGCGUUCUGGACUUUGCGCUAGGCUACCUCGGAAUGUCACCUGGCAUAGCCUGGGCUGGAGAUCCAGCUCAAAGCUCCGCACAUUUUCCGAGCGAGACUCGAGCGGGUCCGACAGCUAUGUUGGCCUUUCAACAGCGCUUCUGGCCCUUCUCUUUGUCGCCAACAGGCGGCACAGAGUCUGAUGUACCGCUCAACGCCAAGACCGAAGGCGAAGUGAUUGGAGGACUUCGACAAAGCAAUUUAUCUCAGCCCUUUGAUGUCCCAAUUAGCUGCUGGGCCCCACGACUGCCUGAGCUGUACUCGACGAGCAGAGUAGAACUCGGGAGUCAAUGGUUCACGAGCGUGCGCACUGAUGACUUGCAGUACGCAGAUUUGGAAACUGCCAGGUGAGCCAAGCUGAUCGAAUAGCUCCCUGGAGGCCAGCUCCACCUAGCUCAUGGAAAGUCCGCUUCAUCGCAGCAAUGUCUUGGACCAUCUACCUCCCGACGCCGGUGGUCUUUCGAGGACAAUUGCUCGCUUCGCGUUUGAGCACGCCACGCGGGGUCACAAAGCGUGAGUGCAACAAUGGUGGCACUUUCAGCUUCCAGCAAUGCUGAUGCUUCGAAUCCCGUUCAUUGUAGGGCGAGGUCGUUAGCGCGGGGCGAGCUCGAUGCGAACCGAGACAGCAUGGAGCUGUGGCACGCGUUUGCUUGGCUGGAGGAGAGCGCUGGGAAGCUCAACUCGGCGCGUUUGGUAUAUCGCAGUGCGCUCGAUAAGCUGCUGGCUGACUCACCCGCGAUGGCGGUCUCUGAAGCGCUGCCGAUGCUGCGAGAUUGGGCAGAAAUGGAGUGGAGGGCUGGACAGAAUGCGAGCGCGAUCGAGAUUCUUGCUCGAGCAGCAACUUUCCUGGAUCAUUCGCGCGAACAAGGGGCCACUGACCCGAGCGCACUUCGCAAGUCCUUCGCUGCGAAGGGCGAUCCAGUACCUCCGAUGGCCAGGGCUGCUAUCAUGUCGUGUCGAGCGCUUCUCGAGCAUUUGAUCGAAGGAGGCAUCGAGUCUUACUGCAAGGUUGUAGAACAUGCGAUGGAGUAUUUGAAAGACGAAGAGGACGCACAGGACGUGCGUGCUUGGUCUUCGCCAGUGUACGCGGCGCUCGAGUCAGUCUACCUGUCACAAGGACGCUUUCUUUGGGUCUACACCAACCGGGAAGAGACGAGGUCAACAGGCUACAGACCCCUUACCGUGCGCAAUGCACUUACCCGCGCAGUGCAAGCAUUCCCACACAACACGGCGCUUUUGUCUCUACUCGCUGCUCACGAGAUGCGUGCGAAGGUGGAAGGACAUCUCAGAUCAGUCCUUGAGCAUCACGUGCUCCCUCACUCCGGGUCAGCUCUUACAAUGUCGGAGCAUCGCACACUAGCUGAGCACGCCGCCCGGCACAGUCAAGCGGAAGCUUGCUGGUUGUUUGCCAUCUACUCGGAGCUCAAUCUGCGUUCGCACCCGAAUGAGCACACGGCACGGCACUACUUUGAGCGCGCUCUGACGGAUGACAAGUGGGUAUCGGCAGUAUGACGCCCACACUGUGGUCUCAUCUGCCCAUCGUUUCGUUCUGACCAACAUCUUUGACUUGCCCUGCAGCUCCUCGAUCUCUUCUUCGGCGACUUUGUGGCACCUUUACCCCGAAUUCGAGAUACGUCUCGCCAUCAAGGUGGGCAGAGUCCGUGAAGUAGACGCCCACACGAGCAGCUCGGACGAGGAUCUGUACCGUACAGGGCGUCGUAGAAGGAGAGAAGCUUCGAAGCAGCAACAACAGGCGAGCGAGAGGGCCAAAAGAGUGCUCUAUCGGGCCAUUCGAGCUUGUCCAUUUAAUCGAGGUGCGUCCGACCGAUAAGCUCGCUGAGCUGCAAAAGAGUCUAGCCACUUGCUCACAAAGAUCUGGCUUUCUCGCACACUUAGAGCUGUAUUGGUCAGCUUUUGAGCCUCCUCUUUCGCAAGUGAUGAGCCAUUCGGAACUGGCCGAUUUGGCACGCUCCAUGAGCGAGCGGGAACUUCGAACCUUCAGUAGCUUCACGGAGCUACCGUCGCAAGAUGGCCAAAGCCGUCGACUCGGAGUGGAACUAGAUUUAGCGCCUCCCACUCAGGAUACAGUCAGAAUCAAGCAAGAGCCUCGAGAAGACUCUCCGACGCGUAUCAAGCAAGAGUCUCUGGAAGAAUUCUCGCCUCACAUCAAGCAAGAAAGUUUGCAUGACUUCGAUGGGUCGCAAGAAAGAAUCGAGCUUGCGGAGAUGGAAGAACGCCGUCGAUUGAUGCCUUACUGA